AUGAAGGAGGAACUUAAAGCAAUUGAAAGGAACAAGACUUGGGAAUUGACUGCACUUCCAAAGAAUAAGAAAACUAUUAGUGUGAGAUGGGGUUUCAAGACCAAGCUAAAGUUAGAUGGUUCAGUUGCCAAACACAAAGCAAGGUUAUUAGCUAGAGGAUUCUUACAAAAGUAUGAAAACUAUAAUAUUGAAAUGAUCAAGUUUAAAAGAGUGUUGAUGAGUGCUUUUGACAUGACUGAUCUGGGGGAUAUGGUGUAUUUCAUGGGAAUGGAAUUUAUGCAUACCACAAAAGGAAUCAUUGUGCACCAGUUGAAAUAUGAGGUUAAGAUAUUGAAAAGGUUUGAACUCAUGGAUUGCAAAUCUGAAGUCACACUUGCAGAAACAUGUCAUAAGCUAGAUGUUGAUGCUGAUGUUGAAUAUGUAGAUGCAACUACUUUCAAGAAGUUGGUUGUUCUCUAA